AUGUUUGGAGGAGUAUUGUCCAAAUCUAAGGCUGCUGGCCAGCUUUGGUCAUCGGGAAAAGAUAUUCUGGUGCAAAAAAUAAAGAGGGGGUACAGCUCGCUGUCAAACCAUGCCGACCAGAUGGUGAUAGCGGUUUAUGCCACAUUAGCGCAUGUGCCCAUUUGUUCGGCUAUCUCUAGUCGAAUCCACGGCCAACCGGUGGGCGAGCAGACGGGACAAGAGGACGUGAGCUCCUCAGCUGUCCCAUGA